AUGACUGUUAAACAGGUUAUGAAAAAAUUGAACAAUAUGAAAACCAAAGUAAAAGAAGCCACAGACCUUAAAAAGACGGGUAAUAAGAAAAUUGUACCAACGGAUUGGCAAAAGAAAUUUUAUGCUAUUUGGAAUAACGAGGAAGUUCAGGGAGCGAAUCCUGUGCUGUAUAAAGCACCAGGUGCAGUAACAUCCGGCUAUUCCAUGCCAUCCACUAGCAAAUCAAGUAAUUCAACAUUACUAUCGCCUCCUGAAAAGAAGAAAAAGUUACAAAUAACUAAAAUCAAAGAACGUGACGAGUUUCAAGGAUAUUCUUUGCAGCACUUGCAAAGAAUGUGCUUAAUUCAACAAAUUCAGGCCGAUUGUGCCCAAGAAAGUGCUGCUAUUGAAAUGAAGGAAUAUUAUCAGUUGAAGAUCAAUCAAGAGAACUCAAUAGUACUUUAUACUGAACCUUUACCUGUUGUUAAUAAUAAUGACGACUGA